AUGGCGUUGAAUCGUAAGAAAAGCAUUUCUUUCCCCACAGAAACGGUCACCUUGAAGUUUGUGGAGUUAAGUGCCGUCGAUGGGAGCGCCAAAAAAAUCAGCAUCAACAACUUCAUCGUCCACAGAGACAUCCUUUACCAGAGCCAGUGGUUCGCGAGACAACCCACAACUGAAGAGGAUGGACCUGUCUUGAUCUGCCACGAGCGAAAAGGGGUGGGAGAGCAACUCAUUAAUUGGCUCUACUUCAACAAUUUGCCCUACUCUUAUGCAGACCUUGCAAAAGUUGGUGAUGAAGGCAUUCGAAUUGGCACCGAAAUUGUCAAUGCAUACUGCUUUGCUGUCAAGGUUGAGCUGGAAGACUGGGCAAAUGCACUUCUUGACUCUUUCUGCAGUGUGGCACUGGAAGACAUGCCCUGGAUCAAGUACCUGCAUGCGCUCCAAUCUGUUCAGUCCAGCGAUGAGGGCCUGCGAGCACUGAUCAUGAGGGUCUUAGCCUCGUCAAUCCGCGAAACUGGUUGGGACCGUUACAUUCAGGAGGUCAAUCACGAGCUGUCUCAAAUGGUACGGGACGGGGGUGAGUUCGCAGAAAAUCUGGUCAGAUGCCUUGCAGAUCCCGAGACGGCCACGAAGCUGCCCUUGCAGCAGAAGAAGGCAAAAUGCAAGUGGCACAUCCACAGGAUGACCAAAAAGUGUUAA